UUUUGAGAUGUAAUUCUAAAGGAAGUGAAAGGCAAAGCUAAAAAGGUUGGUAUUAUAAAUAUAUAUAACUAUGCAUAUAGACAUCAUUGGUAACACGGAUUUUUGGAACCCAAAAGAAAAAGAAAAAAAAAAAACACUCUUUUCACUUUUGCUUUCAAUAUAAUUUCCCUUCCAAUUCUAUUUCUAUACAUCUCUUUAUGAGAAAACAGAACAACCAAAACAGAGGUUUAAAUCCCCGCCCAUGAAGAACGCCAUUAGAUGCUGCAUCUCCUGCAUACUCCCAUGUGGCUCUCUCGACGUCAUCAGAAUCGUCCAUUGCGACGGCCACGUCCAAGAAAUCGCCGGCUCCAUCCGCGCCAGUGAUGUCAUGAAGGCCAAUCCUAAACACGUGCUCAAAAAACCCUCCUCCCCCACCUCCGACGACCGCGUCGUCCCUAAGAUUGUGAUCCUCCCCCCCGACGCCGAGCUCCAACGGGGAAAAAUUUACUUUCUCAUGCCCCUUCCUCCUGCCCCGGAAAAGCCCCGCUCCAAAUCUCUGACCAAGAAGAAAAAGAAGGAAUUACCAUUACCCGGAACCGGCGUGGGUUCAAGUAUAUCGGUGACGAAUUUAGUAGUUUCAGAUCAGUACCUGAGUGAAAUUCUGUCAGAGAAAUUGACGACGGUUCAGAAGGACAAGCGGCGGGGGAGAGUCGGAGUGUGGAGGCCUCAUUUAGAGAGCAUUUCCGAGUUCCCAACUGAUCUUUAAAUGGAAUUUGAGGGGAGUUUUUUCUUCUUCCCGAAAUUGAUUAAUUUUCUUCAAUAAUUAUUAAAUCUCUAUGUUUGAUUAUAAUAUAUAUAUAUAUAUAUAUAUAUAUAUAUAUAUAUAUAUAUAUAUAUAUAUAUAUAUAUAUAUAUAUAUAUGUACAAAUGAAGUUGAGGAGGGAAAUUAUGAUUUUUCUGCCGGUUGAUUACAAAGGGAAGGAUCGGAUGUAAAUUUGGAGGGUUGAGAUCAGGAUCGUUUCGGUUAGCAAUUGAAAAGGGAAUAUAUUAUCUAUGUAUAAUACAUACAUAUAUAUAUAUAUAUAUAUAUAUAUGUAUGUAUGUGUGUUUGUUUGUAUUUUGAUUUAGAAAAUUGAGAGAUGGUGGGAGACUUAUUAAUCUCUGGGAAUUGUGUAUCAGAAUUCAUAAUUUUUCACUUUCUGUUUUGAAUAUAUCUUUGUUAUGGUGACUGUUA